AGCACACCAGAGCCCCGCCCCCCUACGCGUCUUGUUGAUAGUGCUAUUGCUAAAUGCUAACUGCGGCUUUAGUUGCACUGAGAGAAAAGCUACAGGAAUUAUUGAACAAUUUCUGGAUACAUUCAUAUGUGAUCAAAAAUCUCCAAGUACUACAGCAUGUCGGAUCUGGUCCUGUGGGCGUCAGUAUCACACAGUGAUCACAGUUCACACCUGCAGUGAACCCCCUCCCACAACAAUUCACCAAUAAAUACUGGGAAUAUUCCCAUCAUCCUACAAGAGAAGGACAAACUCCAGGAGUAGCAGCUGAAAUCUGUGUGACUGUUAAAGAUGGAGUUUAUUAAAGAAGAGAUUGAAGACAUGACUGAUCCAGAACCAUCCAGAAUAAAACAUGAAGAUACUGAGGAACAAAUAGACUGGAUGGAGAUGAAACCACAAAAACAUGAACUGAAUGAAGCAGAGGAGGAAAAGCAAAGAAUCAAAACUCAAAGAACAAAAGCCAAUAAGCGGCACUCCUGCUCUGAGUGUGGAAAGAGUUUCAGACACAAAGGAUACCUUACAAAACACACAACGAUUCACACCGGAGAGAAACCGCAUACAUGCACUCAGUGUGGGAAGGGAUUUGCUUUUGCAUCAGAUCUCACCAAGCAUCUGCAUGUUCACUCUGGAGAGAGACCCUUCAACUGUGAUCAGUGUGGUAAAGAUUUUCAUUCCUCAUCAAAUUUAAAACAACACUUGAAAGUUCAUUCAGAUGAGAAGCCUUAUGUGUGUUCUCUCUGUGGAAAGAGUUUUUCAAGACUGGAUAAUUGUAAAACACACCAGAAAACACAUAAUGAAGUGAGAGAUCAUGUGUGUUGUGACUGUGGGAAGAGCUUUUCUAGAUCUGACAAACUGAAAAAUCAUCAAAGAAUUCAUACUGGAGAAAAACCUUACAAGUGCUCAUACUGUGACCAGAGUUUCACUCGUUCUGAUAAACAGAAAUCACACGAGCGACUUCAUACUGGAGAGAAGCCGUACUACUGUACUGAGUGUGGCAAGAGUUUCACAUGUUCCAAAGGUCUCAAAUAUCAUCUGCUCAUUCACUCUGGAGAAAAACCAUUUAACUGUGAUCAGUGUGGUAAAGAGUUUAUUACAUCAUCACAACUAAAAUCACACCUGAAAGUUCAUUCAGAUGAGAAGCCUUAUGUGUGUUCUCUCUGUGGAAAGAGUUUUUUAUGGCUAAGAAGUUUGAAACGGCACCAGAAAACACACAAUGAAGUGAGCGAUCAUGUGUGUUGUGACUGUGGGAAGAGCUUUACAAGAGAUGUUGAUCUGAAACGGCACAAAAGAAUUCAUACUGGAGAAAAACCUUACAAGUGCUCAUAUUGUGAUGAGAGUUUUGCUCGUUCUGAAAACCUGAAAUCACACGAGCGACUUCAUACUGGAGAGAAGCCGUAUCACUGUACUCAGUGUGAGAAGAGUUUCAAAUGUUCAUCAAGCCUUCACACUCACAUGAAAAAAUGUUCCAAGUGAGAAACAUUAGUUUUCUUGUCAAAUACCUCACAAGUAAAUUGUGUCAAAUAUAUAUAUAAAAAAAAAAAAAAUCAGUUUGUCCGAAAAGCACAAUAUCCUCUAGAUCAGGGGUGUCCAAUCUCAGUCCUGGAGGGUUUCUUCAACACACCAGCCUGGAAGCGAUAUUUUUUUUCUCAGGAUGGUAGGGGAAGGUACGGCCUUUUUCGCCUCUGAUUGGCUAGAAGGGGGCUCUCCUCCGAUUGGUUAUUUGAUUUGGCCGUGAAACAUCAUCUCUGAUACACAUAUACACACAUACAAUAUCCAAACCUACCCAUCGCACACACACACACAAAUCAAAUAACCAAUCAAAUGAAAGCCCUUCUAGCCAAUCAGAGGCGAAAAAGGCAGUAACUUCCCCUACCAUCCUGAGAAAAAUAAUAUCGCUCCCUGGAAGUUUCUAGUAGAGAUGGCCUUAUUAUUAGGAGAUACGAAGGUCUGUGGCUUCACCUUUUUGCAAAGAACAUGUGCAACCUUUUUUGUGAUGUUCACAUUAUCUUAAAAGUAACUAAUUAAGCAAGUAAAUCAAGUUAGGACACAAUGUACAUAAUUUAUUGUUAAAUAGCUGACUCACUAAAAGCAAACCGUUUUUGAACCUUGUCUUUUUUUCUCACUAGCCAAUCAUUGUUCAUUUUUUCUCUGUAUCCUGUUGACAAAAGGUGCAUUGUUGUUAUUUUGUGUUUUAUAAAUAUGUCAACUCUGCAUUUUUUUGCAACAAUAAUAAAUAAAAUUUCUA